AUGGGGUGGGAUGAUACUAAAAUUGUGGAUUCGUUUGUUCCUGCGGAUGCCUCUGCUAUCCUAGCUAUGGAACUUCCUGAUACUACUCAAGAUGAUUUCUGUUACUGGACGGGUACCCCUGCUAGAAAGUACUCGAUUAAGACUGGCUACGCAAUGCUUCAACAACAACUUUCUCCUUCUUCUACACCUUCCGCUACUGACUCCUUUUGGAAGGUUCUUUGGUCUCUUCAGUUGCAAUCGAAAUGGAAGUUGUUCUUAUGGAAGUUGUUACAUCGUGCUCUAGCGGUCAAGGUUGAACUCAAUCACAGAGGAGUUCCGAUUCAAGAUGUUUUCUGUGACCUCUGUAGUACGGAACCAGAGGAUUUACAACACCUUUUCAGGAUGUGCGCCAGCGCGCGUUCGAUUUGGAGGGGUGGAUGCCUCAGCAUUCGCUCAGAAUUUAAUGGAGACCUUUCUCUCUCAGAUUGGAUCCAAGAAUAUAUCCGACUUUUUAUCAGUCGGGAUGGACUUUCAAGUGCUCGCUUAGGUACUUUCAUCGGUACGCUUUGGACCUUGUGGUUAUGCCGUAAUUCUAGAGUCUUUAGGGAUUCAUCGUCGUCUAGGCCUUUUGAUUCGACGUUUGCGAAGGUCAUGGAGAAUCAUUCUGUCUUUGUCAACUCUAAUAGCAUUCCUGUUAUUGUGGAGGCUAAUGGUGGUUCUUCUUCUCCGCCUGGGUUUUACAGGGCUCAGCUUGGCCUGCACCCCCAUGACAGGAGUUUACUCUCACUUCAGAUUGAUGGCUUCUGGUUUAAAGAUUCUCUACAAGCUGGAAUGGGUUGGUGCAUGGAUAAUGAGGAUCCGUUGGAUGAUCGGAUUACUGGAGGUAGCAAGUACGGGGUUUGCUCCUCUCCUUUACAUGCAGAGGCUUUAGCUUGCUUGUAUGGGCUUCAAUGGGCUUUACAUUCCGGGAUUCUGUCUCUUACGGUUUUUACUGAUUCACAUAAUCUGGUCUCCUUGCUUCGUGGAGAGGGUCAGGGUAGCAUCGCUUAUAAAUGGCUUAUUCGGAGAAUUUUGCAACUUGCCUCUCGCUUCCAGGUUUGUGGUAUUCAUAAGGCGGAUCGCCAGCGCGUCCACAGAGCUCACCAAAUUGCCGGAGAAGCGGCAAUUCACUCUAUUUGUUUUAAUAUUAAUAUGUAG